UUGCCAGCGGCGUGGUGACAGCCGGCCAUAAAGCAGCUUCGGGUAAGUAUCGCCACGAACACAAAGCGAGUGGAUGGCCGCCGCUGUCGGAGCUCGACUGCUGUAUUUUCAGCCUGCAGUCUGAGCUCGGAACCAGCGGCAGGGCCGCCGUUGCAGCGCGGACAGUGGCCGGGUCGGACCGGUACUUCCGUUGCUGUGGAGAGGAGCCGUUCAACAAUGGCCUGGACGUCGCCAGUUCUUUUUGGUACUGGAGAUCGAGUAGUAGAAAUGGAAGAUACAGAAGUUGAAAAUCUUGCCGUAUCUAUUUCAUCUGAUGUUGAUGCUGAGUUUGAUGCAGUCAUUGGGCACAUAGAAGAUAUUAUUAUGGGUGAGGAAUUUCAGGUGCUACAGCGACAUUUUAUGGACAAAUACUACUUAGAGUUUGAGAAUACUGAAGAAAACAAGCUCAGUUACACUUCAAUUUUCCAAGAAUAUGUCGAUUUGUUAGAGAAGUACAUCGAGCAGCAGUUAAUAGAGAGGAUACCAGCCUUCAAUAUGACUACAUUUAUUACAUCAUUACAGCAACAUAAAGAUGAAAUAUCUGGAGAUAUAUUUGACAUGCUGCUGACCUUCACUGAUUUCCUGGCUUUCAAAGAAAUGUUCCUUGACUACAGAAUGGAAAAAGAAGGGCGCGGCCUUGACUUUAGCGGCGAUCUCAUAGUAACACCCUUAUCGAAAUCCUCAUCAUUGUCUCCAGCUUCAAAUAAUAUUCUACCUUUGCAAUAGCUUAACUGUAUGUUUGUAAAGUCCUGCAUUUAUUCCUGUACAGUGAUGUAUUCCAUCCAUGAUGAAGAAACAGGCAUUUUGAUAUGUUUCAGUAUUCUCUACUGAAUUCUAAAGCUCAGAAGUCUGAGAAUCCAACCUAUACAAGAACUCAGGACAACAGUUUUGCAACCCUUAAAUCGAAUCCAAUGUACGUUACAGUCUAUAUUUUAUCCCUUUCAAAUCAGAAUGCUAUAGUGAUAACUCCCUUUCAGAUUUUGCUUAGAAUAUAGAACACUACAACACAGUACAGGCCCUUUGGCCCACAAUGUUGUGCCAACCUUUUAUUCUUUUCUAAGAUCAGUCUACCCCUUCCCUCCUACAUAACCAUUCAUUUUUGUAUAUAAGAGUUUCUUAAAUGUCCCUAAUGUAUCUUACCUCCUCUGGCAAGGUGUUCCAUACCCCCACAGCUCUCUGUGUAAAGAACUUGCUUCUGACAUUCCCUCCCCCCAUCCCAUACUUUCCUCCAAUCACCUUUAAUGAUGCCCCCUUGUUUUUGCAGACUAUUUCUAUUCGUUCUAGGACUCAUGAAAAGUUGCAAAUUUCCAGAGUUUUUGGGAGCCAUAUAAAUAUUGUAACUGCAGGCAAAUAUUAUUGUCAUUCAGGAAAGAAAGGAAUUAAUGAUGCUUUAGGGCAAACCAAGUCCACUUUCAGUCCUGAUCCAGGACCUUGACUCAACAGUGAGCAAGUCCAUCACCCUCCAGCAAAUUGUUUGCUUCAUGAGCCAACAUUUGCAGUCCUUUGUGUCUGAAUUUUAGGAAAAUUAACUCUGAACACCAUUGAAUUGAACAUCCAAAAACAAUAUUUCCCUUGUUUUCUGCUUCAUAUUUCAAGGCCAGCCAGCUCAGAGUCCAUUCCAACUCCUGGAGCAGGCAAUCCCAUUAGUUCCAUGCCUCUUCUUCAUUUGCUUUCAUCAUCAAAUUAUUUUCUUAUCACACAUGCCCAAUCCAUUCCUUUGUCAUUUACUCUUACACAAUGGACUAAUUCAUCUACCAGCCCGUCUUUAACCAGAGCAACCAACAGAAACCUGUAGAGCCACAAAGAAAAAUGUGCAAACUGCACAGAGGGCAUCUAAGAUUAGCACUGAAUCCUAGUCUCUGGAGCUGCACCAGUUGCCGUGACACUCUGACCUCUUUUAUCUUGCAAAUUAAUUUAAUGUAUGCAAAAUGAAAUCUCCUCCCUGAGCUGAUUGGAAUCUCUAAAUCCAGGCAACGCUAAAUCAGGUUUUAUAAUCUCCUGUGCCUAAAUUCAAAUUGUACUUUAACUUGUCAUAGCACUGAAACAUUGUCUGACCUGAAACCAAGACUUCCACAGAGAAUUGAAUUAACACAAUGCAUUUGGCCGUUGUCUUAAUAACAUAAUGCACACAACUGACAAAAUCUCAAAUAUCCAAAGUUUUUGGCAUCUUAAUUAGAGAAUACCAUAACAUUUUGACUUGCUUGAAACAUUUUUGUGAGAUAUCAGUAUAGGCAACUAGUGUUCUUUUACCACUUAAUUUCUAUUCAUAUGACUGCUUAAUUGUCCAGUAAUGUUGAGUGUUGUUUAUUCCAGUUAAUAGAUGUAACUCAGCCUUUUAGUGCUACUACAGUUUAACAUGUAAGAAAGAAGAUUUUGUUAAGAAGAGUGCAGAGUAUUAUGGCUUUCUUAGUAAAGAGAAGUGAAUUUGUCAAUUUAGCUUUUGUUUCACUGUGGGUUAUGAAUGUUUAUAUUUUCAUAUUUGUACAUUUUUAUUCCAAUGUAUUUUGAAUAAAGGGUUGCUGAAAUGCA